AUGACUACGCAAUGGACAGAGCUUGUAGUACCCAAGUCCCGAAGCCAUAAAAGCUGGAACGAUCGUUGUCUCGAUACAUGGACAUUGGAAGUUUUAGCCGCUGUCUUUAGCGUCUCUUGCUUCGUUGCGAUCUGUGCCAUCCUUGGCGGCUACGAUGGCAAAGCUCGACCUGACUUGCGUUUUGGUCUAUCUUUAAACGCCAUCAUCUCAGUUCUAGCGACUGGGUGCAAAUCCUCAUUGAUGUUUACGAUUGGAGAAGCUCUGAGCCAAUCAAAAUGGGUCCGCUUCCGCAACUCAUCUACCCCACUCGUCGACAUGCAGACUUUUGAUAGUGCUAGCAGGGGGCCGCUGGGUGCAAUGAUGAUGCUUUUCCACAAAAGACCCUCGGUCGCCACAUUUGGCGCAGCAAUUGUUGUUUUGAUGCUUGCAUUUGAUCCAUUUGUUCAGCAGAUUACAAAGUAUCCAACGAGAUCGGCUCCGAUACGCGAUGGUACCGGGGUUGCGAUCACGAAGAAAUUGGCACACUUCGUUCCAUUUGCCACUCCGAUUCAGUGGGAUAUGGCAUACACCUCCGGCCUGUGGUCCGAUGACAAUCCGUUCCACGCGACUUGCUCAUCCGGCAACUGUACUUGGCCAGUGUCACGUUCUGUUGGCAUGUGUACAAAAUGCGACGAUGUCAACACCGAGUCGAUUCUACUACAUUGUGAUAGGAAGCCAUACAUAAAUCAGACCUAUACAGAGUGGUUGAAUGGGGCCACUGGCUCAGAUCACUUUGAAUCAUCAUGCCAUAUCUCGUCACCAUUCGGAAAUUUCACCUUUGCCGAUGCAUCCUUUACAAUUGGAAAUAAAGGCCGCGAUGACGACCACCGAGUGGUGUACUUCCCCAAACAUACGACAUGGCAUGCCUACUCUGGAUUCGAUCCGCUGGCGCCAGUAGAUGAAGCCGAUCAUACUGACAACUUCACAUUCGCGGGUGUCACCAACCCUUUGAUGGUGGUCGCCCAUGCUCAGAUGGAAUACGACACAACAUUCCCCAACGCGUCGGACCCAGUCCGGGGACUCAAAAUUAAAAAAAUAACAGGCUGUUCUCUUGCACUUUGUCUAAGCGACUGGAGGAUUUCGGUCAAUGAUGGCACCACCCAGGCUGAAGCAUCAGCCAUAGAGUUUGGUGAUAUGUUCUGGCGACAUACAGGUCAUUAUGUUAAAGAUCAAACUUUGUGCUGGAGGCCAAACUCCAGUCCGCCACAUAUUCCUUUUGAUCAUACUGAUGAUGAAAAAGGUAACCGCAACCCAAGCAUUCUUACCUCUAGCCUGGUAGAGUUCGCUUUCUGUGGCAUCAAUUCAGGUAUUCUGCUCCCUGGAGCCCCCUUUGUGGGGUCAAGCAUAACGGUAUGGGCGUCUCACCAGGGCAAAGAUGAAGAGUUCAGUCCUGAGAUUCUCCGUGGAAACGCAUCAACGGAACGUAUCGCCCAUGUUGGCCUUGAGUAUGUCAUGGCCAAUGUCGCAAAUUCAAUCAACAAUAUGGCGUUAACUUCUAAUGGAGAGGACCUAAGUGGAACCGCGUUUGGCAUUGAGGUUUUUGUGGAAGUGCAGUGGCCAUGGAUAAUUUUUCCCGGUCUACUGGUUGUUUUUGGGAUAACUUUCUUUGCCGUUGCCGUCUUUACUAACAAAGACGCAUCAUUGUGGAAAUCCUCUAUUUUUGCUUUUCUUUAUCAUGGUCUAGAGGGUAUUGAUACCGAGGAUUGCCCUACUGCGAGUACGAUGGAAAGGAAGGCGGCAGAUAUCAGCGUUCAACUCACACAGUCUCCCGGAAAAGAUGAUUCGAAACUCAGAGAAGAACAGACCUUUCAAGAGACUUCAAACUAA